AUGGCCAGACCAGAUUUUCGCGGCGGUAAUCGUGGUGGUGGAAGAUUUAGUGAACGCGGUACUGGAUCAAGAGGUGGUCGUGGAGGCUUUGGUGGUGAUCGAGGUGGUCGGGCUAGUUUUGGUGGUGGCGAUGGCGACCGAAAUGGUGGUGAAAGAGGUGGAUUUCGCGGUGGCUUUCGUGGUGGCCGUGGCGAUGGUGGUGGAUUCCGUGGCCGUGGUGGUGGCAGAGGUGACAGAAACAGUAUGAGGGGUACACCGCGUGGACGCGGUGGCGGCCGCGGGGGUAUGCGUGGUGGCAAAAAAGUUUUCGUUGAGCCCCAUCGUCACGGAGGUGUGUUUAUCAUAAGAGGGAAGGAUGAUUCUCUUGCUACUCUCAACUCAGUUAUUGGCGAGUCUAUUUAUGGUGAAAAGAGAGUUAGUGUCGACAAUGAUAGCGGUGAAAAGAUUGAGUAUCGUAUGUGGAAUCCUUUCCGCUCAAAGUUGGCUGCCGGUGUUAUCAACGGUUUAAAAGACAUUCAUAUGGCUCCGGGUUCUCGUGUACUUUAUCUUGGUGCUGCUAGUGGUACCACUGUGUCUCAUGUCUCAGAUAUCGUUGGGCCUGAGGGAUGUGUCUACGCUGUCGAAUUCUCACACCGAUCCGGUCGGGAUCUACUUAAUGUUGCGAAACAUCGCACAAAUAUUGUGCCAAUCAUUGAGGAUGCUCGUCACCCACAUAGAUACAGAAUGCUAGUUGGUAUGGUUGAUUGUGUAUUCGCUGACGUCGCUCAACCUGAUCAGUCUCGUAUUGUCUCUCUUAAUGCUGAGCAAUUCUUGAAGGAAGGGGGUUUCGCCGUUAUUUCUAUCAAGGCAUCUUGUAUCGAUUCUGUCGCCAACCCAGAAGUUGUCUAUGCAGGAGAAAUGGAGAACAUGAAAAAGGAUAAAUUUUUCCCGCUAGAAAAGAUGACUUUGGAACCUUACGAGCGAGGGCAUGCUAUUGUCUGCUUUCAGUACAAAGUGCUAACUGCAGCGGUUUAUCAAUAA